ACGCAUAUAAUACAUUGCACGAAUAAGACGCUUAGUGAUGCGGAGCAGGGCGCGUCUCGCAGGAGGGACGCUGGGUCGCCGCCCUGCUCCAUCGCAUGCUUCCUUUUCCUGCCGCAUUGGCUGACAGGGCCCGAUGUGGGGCGACUGGGCUUGACUCGGGACCCUGGGUGCAGACGACACCAGAGCUCUCAUCGACGCAACGAAACGGGGGGAGAGAAAGAAGAAAAGAGGGAGGGAGGAGAAUUGGAGGAAAAAAAAACGCGGCGAUCUACAUCCACACUGACACACGUUUUCAUUCCUUCCAUUCUGACGCUGACGGCGGGGAAGGAGGAGGGCGAGGGGGGGAAGAAACCCACAUUUCAGGAUCGGGAUCCCAGCCGUGAUAUCGGGCCCACCUCAGGCAGCCUGGGACCAGAACAGCGGCGAGACCAGACUUGUGGACGGGAGGACAGCAUGGCGUCCAUUGCAGAAUACUAUGCAGGGAAGAGUGUCCUCAUCACUGGUGCCACUGGGUUUAUGGGGAAGGUGCUGGUGGAGAAGCUUCUGCGUUGCUGCCCUGGCGUCAGCACUGUCUACGUGCUGGUACGGCCCAAGGCAGGACAGUCCAUGCAGCAGCGUGUAAACGACAUGAUGAAGUGCAAGCUGUUUGACCGCGUGCGGGAGGACAACCCGGACUUCCACAAGAAGGUGGUACCGGUUAGCAGCGAGCUGACCCAGCCCGGCCUGGCCAUCAGCCCACAGGACAUCACCAAACUGGCCGCCUGCGUCAACGUAGUCUUCCACUGCGCCGCCACCAUCCGCUUUGAUGAGCCUCUCAAACACGCCCUCCAGCUAAACGUCAUUGCCACGCAGCAGCUGUUGAGUCUGGCCAAGCAGAUGCAGAACCUGGAGGCCUUCGUCCACAUCUCCACCGCCUAUGCAAACUGCAACCGUAGACAUAUCGAUGAGGUCAUCUACCCCCCUCCCGUGGAACCCAAGAAGCUGAUUGACUCUCUGGAGUGGAUGGACGAUGGCAUGGUGCGUGAGAUCACGCCCCGCCUCAUCGGGGAGCGACCCAACACCUACACGUACACCAAAGCACUGGCAGAGUGUGUGGUCCAGCAGGAGAGCGACAAGUUGAGUGUGGCCAUCAUACGGCCUUCCAUCGUGGGUGCCAGCUGGCAAGAGCCCUUUCCGGGCUGGAUCGACAACUUCAACGGGCCGAGUGGGGUCUUCAUCGCGGCUGGCAAAGGCAUCCUACGCACCAUGAGGGCCAGCAAUGACGCCGUGGCCGACCUCAUCCCGGUGGACGUAGUCAUCAACCUCACCCUGGCCGCCGGGUGGUACACGGCCGUCCACAGACCAAAAUCUGCACUGGUGUACAACUGCACAACGGGUGGUAUCAACCCCUUCCACUGGGGAGAGAUUGAGCACCAUGUGAUGUCCACCUUCAAGAGGAACCCGCUGGAGCAGGCCUUCCGGAGACCCAACGCCAACAUCACUUCCAAUUAUCUGAUCAACCAGUACUGGAUCCUGGUCAGCCACAAGUUCCCUGCCCUGCUCUACGACCUCUACCUGCGCCUGUCUGGGCAGAAGCCUCAGAUGAUGCGAAUCUUCAACAGGCUGCACAAGGCCAUUGGUCUGCUGGAGUACUUCAGUAGCCAGGACUGGGAGUGGAACUCUGACAACGUGAGCAUGCUGAUGGCCCAGCUGUCCCCAGAGGACAGGAAGAUGUUCAACUUUGAUGUCCGCCAGCUGAACUGGCCUGAGUACAUCGAGAACUAUUGCAUUGGCACCAAGAAGUACGUGCUGAACGAGGACAUGUCGGACAUCCCAGCAGCCAGGCAGCACCUGAGAAAGCUGAGGAACAUCCGCUACACCUUCAACACCCUCUUGCUGAUCUUCAUCUGGCGCGUGUUUAUUGCGCGUUCUCAGAUGGCCCGCAACAUCUGGUACUUCGUGGUGAGCCUUUGCUUCAAGUUCCUGUCCUACUUUAAGGCCUCCAGCACCCUGACCAAUUGAAGAGGCAAUUGGUUCACCUCGCGCCACCAAGUCCCCUACCCCCCCCCACCCUGCGCCAGCCACACCCCCCAUCCUGAAUGAAACGCACAGCUAUCACAUGGUUGCAGUCCCACCCAGUCGGUUGGUCCUGAAGACCUGUCUGAUUGUGUCAGGGAUCUUGCUGGAGGGAUGUGGGCUAGGAAUUGGCGGUGGGGGUUCAAGAAUUUUGUGUUACGUUGGCCAUUACAUGGCUUCAUCUGGCUGUUCCCCUCCCCCAUAAGCAGCCAUUUGUAAUUGUUGCACUUCAAAGUCUUUCACAAUGUUCGAUUCCCGUUCCUCCCUUGCACAAUGGUUUUAUCGUAAGGGAUAAAUUAUAUAUGCAACUAUAAUCCCAUUGUAUGUAUGCUCCUCUCUCCCAGCCCCCAAUCAGUUUCGGCGUCUGUUCAUUGUCCCCAUCCUGAAUCCCAGAUCCAAUGCCUUGAAACGGUGUCUCUCUACAACAUCCUAUGACGUGACGAUGCCGCUUCUUCUGAAGAACUGUGACUGAAUAUAAAGGCUGUUAAUGUCAGGCGUCUGCAGUCACUCGUCACUAGGAACAGAAGCGGUUACAGUUAGGGACUGUGUCUGCAGUCACUCGUCACUAGGAACAGAAGCGGUUACAGUUAGGGACUGUGUCUGCAGUCACUCGUCACUAGGAACAGAAGCGGUUACAGUUAGGGACCGUGUCUGCAGUUACUCGUCACUAGGAACAAAAGUGGUUACAGUUAGGGACCGUGUCCGCCCCGUUCGCUCUGGCUGAGGACCCAGCCGCCUCAUGGUGGAGUGCAAAUGAGCUUUGGUCGCCGUCGGCAAGCAUUUUGUCAAACGGGGUGUGCAAGCUCUGAUGGGUCCUGUAAGUGUUAAUCCACACUGCCUGUUUGUACAGCAGUUUAUAAUGAAAUUAAGGUUACUACUUUUUCAACUUUGUAUUAUUGCAGCAAACGCAAGAUUUGUUGUGGGGACAGUGUAAAAUAUAUUAUUAUAUAUAUAGAUAUAUAUAUAUAAUAAUCACACAAAUCUGGAUAUAAAUGGACGUGUACAUAUUUAAAGUUAGCGUGUAGACUACCCAGCGGAAAAGCGUAUGCUUAUCCUAGUUAGCCCUUCCUGAAGACUUCUGUCCUCUGUAGGUAAUCGCCAGUCUCUCUGUAAACAUCUGACCACCUCAUUUUCACAAGGGGAAAUGAUUUAAAGAGAGCUAUAUGACUGCAUCACUGCCUUCCUGGGCGAACCAAGCGGUUUUGACCUUACUGAGAGAAAUGAAGGCAAAUGCAUUUGUCCCUAGCAGUGGGUUACUAUGGCAACUGCAACACUGGCAGGGCUGUGAUCAGAUUGGUCCUAACAGUCCCCCAUGUUGGUGCAUUGUUUUUGCAUCCCCUCCCCCGCCCCGUGUCCUCGUAUCAUAUGGCACAAUGUAGCAUCUGAUGUGCUCUGAACACCUGGAGAUGUCUUGGACAACAGAUUGUCAUGUGAUUGUUAAGUUUUGUGUGCGUUCUGUCCGAUCCGUCGCCGUAGUGGCAUCUUCUGCUGUACCCCUGCUCUGUCCUUGCCCGUUGCUGCUUGUCAUCGUGCAGCUGUCAGAUGUCAUCACUCAUUCUGCCCCUCUGUUCCUGUGCUUGGAAAAAAUGUUAAUAAACUGAAGCGUCAAAAAAAGAUCUGUGUACAAGUCAUGCUCCUCCCAUCCCCUAAGCGACAGCUGGCCUGAACACGCAUCAUCUACCCCCAUCUCUUCAGCUGCUAUGGGGAAAAUGUCCUCAUUUGAACCCAACCGCCUGACUGAUUUUCCUACAUUGUAUAUGGCCAUUCCUGUGGUCCCUUCACCUUGUCAGUGUUUAUUGUUCUGUAAGUGUUUGGACUGCUUGAGAUCCUACAAGGAGUGAUGGCCAAAAGCUUCUCGAACCAUUUCGUGUAUUUUUUGGCCCCACUAGAUGGUGCUCUUGGUUUGCUUUGGGGCAUGAAUUGAGCCCUUUUUUGAAUAGAGUACCAUCUAGUGGUGUCAAAAAAUACAGCAGUUGGUUCAUGAAGCUUCAUUUGGCCAUCACUACCUACAUGCAGUGCAUCCAUGAAAAAGAAAUUGUUUUAGAAGCCAGAAGUCGUAUCCUCUUCUGUCCACCAGGCAUCACCACAGGCUCAUCAGGCUCCCAUUGUCCAUAAUCCUGCUUAAUAUCUAGUUCACCCCAAAGGCAGGGUUAUUAUACUCUGCUGAUUUACAUGCAUAAACACCAGUUUGUGUUUUUCUCCAUCCCACACAGGAUUAUGCUCUGUCAGACUCUGCCCCUGGUGGCCUUUGGUAUGCAAGUUCUGGUCCCGUUGUAAUUUGAUAUUUAUGUAAAUUUGAGAUUGAACUGAGUUUAAAAUGAAAUCCUGCAACCUGGUGGCCACUAGGGGGAGUCUGUCCCUUUUUUUUUGUGAAUGCUCAGAUGAGCACAGCUAUGCUUCUCCCCCACCAUGCACGGGAUGCAUCCGUGGCUGAUGACUGCAGCGCCCCUGGCUUUUCUGAAGUCCGGCAUGCUGGUCUGGCAGGCAGCAAGGCCACAGUCCCCCCCCCACCCCCCACGCGCAGCAUGGGUGCUAACAAAACGAGUUGCACAGGGCCAAAUUUCACUAAGGGUACGUGUGAUGCCCACUUUCCUUUUGAAGCUGUUAUGGCCACAGUUCAGAAAAGCUUCCAUAGUGGAGAGGAGAAAGUCCUAUACACUGCCUUUAGCCAUUAAGAACUGCACUGUCACUCAGGUGUAGUUCAGUGCAAAGGUAUUAUUCCAUACUGACCUGGAUCUAACUUCCAGUGACAGCAGCAGCCAGCAGUAAACAUCCUUAGGUGGCACAUUAGGGGUUAGUGAUCUGCUAUUUACUAGGAAAGCACACAGAGCCAGACCCAAACUCCUCUGUAAAUCACAGCAUUCCAGAUAUACAACAUGAAGCACUCCAGAGAAUCACCUUAUUGUCUUAAAGGGGGGGUCUGGGGCUGCCUAGACCCCUUACAAAGUAAGCCAAGACCUGUACUGCCCCGGUGAGCUUAAACGGGAAGUCGGUCCACUCUGUUCACGGUCAGUAGGUGGUGGUACCCUCUGCAUUAAGCCACUGGACUCCAGUGGCGUCAUGGGUGUGUUCUGCUGCAACUGUAUGAAAUAGUUUUGCAAAGGAGAUGUUUUGGGAAGCAGCGGUGGUCAUCCUUCAUUCUAGAUUAAGAGUAUAACAUCCUUGCAUGCACUUUCCAUUGUCACUUUUAGUACACGUGACAUGUACGCCCUGCAGAAGGGACCCCCCACGAUACCACACGGCUUCCUCGCAUUUGCACACGCGUGUGCUCUGAGAUCAGGCACCCCAUGUGUACAGUCAGCAUAGCUAAGCCGUUUCAAAGCCAUCUUUCAAACUGUAAAAUGGUAUAUUUUUGUGCACCAGGAAUGCCCUUUUCUAGAGGGUGAAUGUCAUAUUGUAAAAGUAUUCGUUUGGUAUGUUGUGUGGUUUUAUCAAGUGUAUCAUCUCUCGUAACCUGUCACGGAAAAUAAAAGCGACUACAUUUAAAAUUGUCAUUUUUAAAAAAUUAAAACAAGUAAAAUGUAA